UCUCGCCGCUCUCGUCUCUGCUCGAUCGCGGAGCCGCGACGUUCGCCGGCAGGCAGUUCCGCGGAUAUUCGCGCGCGCGAGGUGCGCGAUGCCGCAGUGUCGUCGCAGUAUCUCGCGUGAGGAACGCGUGGCUCGCGACGCGAGCGCGUGCGUGACCACCACGUCUCUCGCCGUCCGUGACGCUGCGGCCGGCGAGUAGAGUAAACAGGUGACGCCGCGACGAGCGGAGCGGAACGACGCGACGGCGACGACGCGCUGCGCCGCGCCGCGCCGCGCCACGCCGGUAACAGUUGACCUUUUAAAACGCACGGUGCGUCGCGCGUAAAUUGCGCGAAAUAGCCAGGCGACCGCGCUGAUCGGCCGGCGUUCGGAAUAAAUCACCGCGCGCGGCAACCCGGCCGCGCUACGCUGGACACCGUUGAGCAUACUGUGUCAAGGCCACCGGCGGCGAGUUCGCGCCUCGUGUCACUACGUAGCGCACUUCUCUGCGCAAUACCGCGGGAAGAAGGCUGGAAAGAGGGGGAGACAGAGACGGAGAACGAAAGGGAGAAAUCGCCGUCUCUCGCGAUCGUCGAGAGGCCCGAUUGCGCGAUCCAGCCCCUCGAGAUUCGCCGUUAAUCGUAAACACAGUGUCAAGGCCGGUGUCGUACUUCCGCCGAGCGUUUUACGAGUGGCGGGAAGCGCCGCAGAGCUCCUCCGGCAACAACAGCUCUCGUCCACUCCGUCGGAUCCAACUGUCAUCGACAGGACUCGGACUGAUAAGGAUCCAAGCCUCGGUGCUCCGUUUCGGUGAAACGGUACUCGCGAUUACAUCGAACACAGUCCCGCGAGAACGACGGCCCCACAUCGAUCGAUCGAUCAAGCGCGACGACUUACGUCGCGCAACGUUCGCCAGAUAGAAGCAAGGCCAGGCGGAUUAUCGCCGCGCGAACAAGCUAUCGAGCGCGGCCGCGAUUAAUCGCCGGCCAACCGGCUAGUUCUAAUUCGGCCGGCAAACAAGCCGUCGCCGUUUCAGCGAUAAGGCGCCCGGCGAGAGAGACGUCGCGGGCCGCGACGGCGAGGCGUCUCCGGACGAUGCUGCUGCCGUUCUCCAAUAUGGCGAGCGACGCCCGCGCGGGCACCUGCCGCGACCCGCGUUUUCACUGAACGCGCCAACGCGAGCUGACCGUUGGACGAGCCGCGACGCCGAUACGGUCGUCGUUGCCCUCGUCAAGUGGAAAUCGUACGACCGAUAUACCGGCGAAUUGAACAAGUUCGCGGACUUGCGAUGACCAACGUCGACGGGCGAACGUACUUUGUACGAGUGGACGAAUGAGAGAACUCUUUCUCUAGAAGACUUAUAUUUGCUCGUGCCUCUCGAAAUGUACAGCAUGUGGCAGCAACAGUGGCAAGAACAGUUGAAGCAGGAACAGCAGGAGCAGGAACAGAAGCAGCAGCAGCAGCAGCAGCUUCAGCAUCAUCAUCAGCAGCAGCAGCAAAUGUACUUGAAUUUACUUCCGCAUUCGCAACAAAUCCAUCCAAGGAUGAUCGGCGCGGACAACCACGCGUCGCAUCCGCAACACAAUCAUCAGCAGCAGCGCCCUGCUGUCAAGGAGACAUCCAGUGCACGCAUACAGCGGAACAAAGCGGAAAAGACUCGCCGCGACACUCUCAAUGGAUCUAUACAGGAAAUAGCGGCGCUCGUGCCGAGCAUUACUAAAAGUUCCAGAAAACUGGACAAGAUAUCCAUCCUGAGAUUAGCUACCACCUUUCUGAGGACAUGCUACACGAUGGGUGACGGCUCGCUGAGAUUCCUUCCCCCGAUGUUAAAAACUCGCGAGUUCGAUAUCGAGCAGCACUUUGUCGAGCAUCUGAUUGACGGCCAAGGUUUCAUCAUCACGGUCUCCACAACAGGAAAAAUCAUCUACGUCAGCCGACAUGUGGAGCAACUUCUCGGUCACGUUCAGAUCGAGCUGCUGGGUCAGUCCCUGUACAACUACGUCUAUCCCAAGGACCACGACGAGCUCACGCGUAAUCUCACGCCCGACGGAAUGCAGCCGAUGUCGGCGGCGACGUCGCCGAGCAGCCAGGUGUCCGAGGUGGCGCACGACAACAACAGUUCGAGCUCCUGCUCGGAUAACUCCUCGACGGCGAGUCACCAGCUCUCGGGCGACGGGAUCAAGAACUUUUGCGAGCAGAGGCGGACCUUCAGGAUCCACAUAGCGCAGCGCACCAACUCGAGGCGCGACCACACGCAGUACGAGUGCUUCGAGGUUUCCGGUCUGCUGCGGCUCGCGGAAAUCUACAAUAACCCGAACAUCUACCAGAACAGGGAAAGGCAACGAGAGACGACGUGUACCAGCAACGACAUCUUCUUCACCGGCGUGGCGACCCUGCCGAGGAUGCGGCCCAUGACCGUAUUGUCGAUGGUGGACGCCAAUAAAAACGAGUAUGUGACGCGGCACCUGACCGACGGGCGUAUCAUUUAUUGCGAUCACAGGGUGUCAUUCAUUGCCGGCUACUUGUCGGAGGAGGUAUCGGGCCGGAACGCGUUCGCCUACAUGCACAAGGAUGAUUUCAGGUGGACGAUGAUCGGCCUACGGCAAAUGUACGACCUUGCCGAAACGUACGGCUCCUCGUGCUACAGGCUACUCACAAAGAACGGUAAAUUCAUCUACUUGCGGACUCACGGCUACUUGGAAUACCAUAAGGAUUCGCAAAUAGUGGAAUCCUUUGUUUGUGUCAACACCAUGGUGUCGGAGGAAGAGGGCAUCCAACUGAUAAAAGAGAUGAAAGCGAGGUUGUCUACGUCCAUGUCCACAAAUAGCAGAGGUCUUAUUCGGGCUGCCGACGUUAACUCGCCGAUAGAAGUGACCUCAAACACCCAGCCAUCGAAUAGCGUCGAGGAAAAAUCGCAGCUCGAGGAUGCCAUCACCCACCUAAUCAGCGAUCUACCCUCGGUAGAUCUUGUACCGAAGGACAGCUUUGCUUCCUCACCGAUGUCGAGCACGCAAUACGUGAAGCCCGCUGUAUUCUCUCCUCGUAUGUCCCCGAUCACCAAACAAGCCAAUAAGAUUGGUGUCGAUAAGAAGGACCACUGCGUCGUUAUCCCAGGCAAAGGCAAAGUAACGCCGAAGCAGGAGUCCAAACAUACGAUUGGCAAAUUGAUUAAUUCCAGCAGCGCGGAGCAAAGCCCAAUAUCGGACUCGGAAAGUGCGAUGCCGUCCGGCAAGUCCUUGUCAAUGUUUGAAAUGAUGAACGUUGCCCCCAGUCACAGCAAUGUCCAGAACGGCGAUGGGCCUGUACAGUCAAAAGUUCUUGCCGCUCGCAAGUCUGGUAAAAGCCCUCGCGCGCCUCGUAAUCACACAUCGUGUUUGGAUCGUGUUUCUCAAAAUGCGAACGUCUUGAACACGCAAGAAAGAAUCGGCCAGUGCAACGGGAGUAUGUUGUCGCCAAGCGCUAUGAACAACGGCGCUGCAUGCAAUAUCAAGGUGGAACGUGGAAUCGAGGAUACGUUCAAUUGUCUGGAAAAGCAGGAGUCGAUGCUGCAAUACUUCAACGACAGCGCGAGCGACAGUUCCAUCGCCUCGUCGAGAAUCGAGAUGCACAAUCCGUGUCCGUUGAAGAGGAUAAGUAGCAAUGAGAAUCUUUUGAUGAUGCAAAGUAAAAAGAGGACCAACGAUGUGUACGCAUUGUCGAAUGCAACCAACGAACAGCAGCGCAUUUCCUAUUUGAAAUGCAGGUCUUUCGCGGCUGUGUGUCCGACGUUCUCGAAUGAGUUCAGUCAGUACAACAAUGACGCCAACUCGCAAUCGCUGUCGGAAUCACCUAAUUCGAGUUUGCACGAAAUCGGAACCGACUAUCAGCAUUUGGUAGAUCCCACCGCGCCACUGGUUUUAACAAAUAACGAUGAGCAGCAGUUUAUGAAGUUGCAGGAGGAUACGUUACUAUGUUCGGAAAUGGAUGCAAAUCCAGAACUCUGCAGAACUGUAAUGAAGAUAUUUGGUGGUAUCCAUAAUGGAAGUGCAGAUUACGGAAACUUUAACGAAGCAAAAAUGCAACUAUUACCCGAUGAUCAAGUGGUCAAUGACGGAUUAACUCGCACGUAUUGCCAGCUAAAGGAUAGUAUGACAUCGCAAGAGUCCCAAAUCAAUGUAUUGACACGUGAACUCGAAAAUCCAGCUCUCCGUAUUCAAAAACUUGUUAGGGAGAACUUGUCACAGUUACAGGCCGAGAACAACAUGCAGAAGCAAAUGCUUAAAACUUUACAACAGGAUCGUUAUAAAAUGCAAGUGAAUGUCAACCAGAAGCUUGGGAUCUGAAAAAUCGGAUGGUAUCCCAGUCAUUUAGAAGCCGUUUUCAAGAACGCGAGCUUAAUAUGAUACAUCCCGGAAUGGUUCUAAUUGAUAAGGAAGAAGCUUUAAAAUUUCUCCUUUCCUCGAAAGGCCAAGACAAAGCUUUCGGUAUUGCCGCACAUGUGAUUUGCAUAAUACUUGUCGACUUAUCUUCUGAGAUUUCUUUGUUUUGGAAUUAUCGGCAUCAUCAAGAUUUACGAUGAAGAACUGGGCAAUUAUUGUCAGUGCAGCAACAAAUGGAGAUUUAGAUGGCGGACGUUGGCCAAGACGUUGCUUAAGUUAACCGCAAGUGAUUUACCUGUUACUAAAGCAGUCUGUGUGUUCGCUUCGAUUCGCGUUUUCCCUCGAUCAGUGGAAAAGAAACGAGUGGGAAGACACUGGAAAAAGAACUCGUAUAGUAAUCGAGCGACCAAUGCAUGUAUAAAUGAUUCUUUUUCUUUCCUUAUCGUUUUCUUAACUCUGUGGGAUUAAGGACUUUACCGCGCGCCAUCAUGUAAGAGGACGCGCGCUUUGCUCACUAACUGAUUAUGCAAAGAUCGUACAAAACCGCAUUGUAUACUGUUAUUUAAAACGUUGAUACAUUAUAAAUAACAGUCGCUACUCAGGCAGAUUUCCUGCGGCGAUCGAGUGUUAUGCAGUUGGCAAUUUUCAAAUUUUACGGUAUAGUGAACUUGUAUAUAUGAUAUACAUUCGAUUUUAACGCAGCACGGCCGCGUGCGGUACUUUCCUCGUGCUAACUCGCCGCGAAUCCGGUUGAGCUUGAACGCUACCUCUGCGAUUACAUAUUUGUAUCGGAUGGAUACGAAACCAGUCUCACUUAUUUCCUUAAUCUAUCAGUUAUAGUUGCGAACCUAUGAUUAUUCAUAAUACUCAUAGUGCUGGCAUCUUUUUAUAAUUAUAAAAGGACGUCACUGAAAAUGUGAAAAGAUAAUUUGGUUAUUUUGACAAAUGAUCGUGUAAAUUUUGUUAUGUAUUUAUGCGGAAGAACAAAAUGCUAAAUUUAGGGAUAUGUUCAAUAGGGUUGCCACAUCAUGGACCGGAUUUGUUCUAUUUUUAGUGCGACAGCUUUACAACUGCACGUACCUGAGAAUUCCACUUGCGUUUAAUUGUUCUGUAAUGUUUGAAAGUUGAAAGUCCACUCAUGUGUUAUUAAAGUGCAACAAGUAUUUAAUAAUUUAAACUAAAUCUCAUUCUUGGCCCCUCUUUCCGUAGCCACGAUUACUGCUUCAGGUAUUUUUAGAACGCUCUUUAAUACUUUCAUAAUGUGGCAGUCCUAAAUAUAUUUCUAAAUGUUAUUAAUAGCGAAGUUGGUUGCUUGCACUAGUGCGCACCGAGUGCACACUAAAGCUUGUUUAUAGUCGAUUCUUAUAUUUAAAUUUUAAAUACAAGUUUAUAAACUCUAUUUAGCAAAAAGAAAUAGAUCCAUACGGAUUCUGUACAGAUUAUUUUACUGGAUAAGAAAUAUUUCAAGAGGUAUUUCAGACGAUCCUUAAAUAUAAGAAUUGAUUAUGAACAAGCUUUAGUGUGCGCUCGGCGCGCACUAGUGCAAGUAAUCGAAUUCGCUACAAGUUUCCGUAAGUGCAAUAGAAAACCGCUGAGAAUAUAUUUUAAUUUUGCUACGUAGAAACGUUAAACGUAAUGAUAUAAGGUAAGUGUAAAUGAAUACAUUUAACCGAUUCUCAUGUUAUUAUUUAUAAAAAGUUGAUUUGCAUAAGUGAAGUUUUAUUAUAUACGCGAAGUUUUAAUACGUUUCUUCAAUAAUUUGCUUGAGUGAUUUUUUUAUAUCCCACUGGCCUUGCUAUCCAUCCAAUAUCACGUUACUACGCAAAUAUACAUAUUAAUAAACGAUAUUUUUAUUUCAUCGUUAGUUGACCUCCGCAUUAAUGAGUAAUUGCGCGGAAGUUGACACGGUUGACGUACAUAUGUGUCAAUUAUUAAGAUAAAAUACAUAUUAGUCAAUCGUGUUGCCAGCGAUUACUUAUGAUGACGCGGGUCAGCGUCAAUAUAAACAUAUUGUAUAUCGUAAAAGUGUUUAAAAUGUAAAAGAUAUUAAUAUAAGAGAGUGACGGAAAUUGUACACUUGUCAACAUAUUCAGCACUGGCCCCUAACAGAUCUACAAAUUUAUUUGGAUCCUACGUGUACAGGUAAUGUAAAGGCUGGCCCUGUAAAUAAAGAUGUUAAAUCUGAUCUCAAAUCACGACAGCGUUCUAAGCGUUUCCUUUUCUUUUUUUUCGAAUAAGAAUUACUCCUCGAGCAUCUAGAAUGUAUAUCUGUUACUUGUAGUCACGUGCUGUCUUUUGUGUAUUAGAUUGAUUUUACAAAAAUCCUUUUUUUUUCUACCGUUACAUUAAAAAGGACGAACCAAAUCUGAAACAUAUUUUUUGACCGACUUAAUACAUGUAACUUUUUCAGGCCCCUGCGUUCUGCUGCUUAUCUUAAUGUGCUAUGUAAGUUUUUCAUGCUCCCAUUACUGUGCGUCUACCUGUGGGAUUUGAAAUUUCAUUGUCACUUGUAAAAAGAACCAAUGUAACAACAUAUAUACACGUAUGUAUGCACGUAUAUACAUAUAUACACACAUUAUGUUCAUUGUAAAAAGUUUCGUUAACUCGUUUUUAAUGUUACAUUGGUGUCGAGUGAGUCAAGUUAGGAUUGUCGGUCAGUAAAGGGCCUCUAUAUAAUUAUGAUCGUUACGUAUGCCGGAGUUAUGAAAUUUAAAGUAGCCUAUGACCCCUAUGUCGGUUUUAUCGGUGGAAGGGCUUUACCAUCCUCACACGUGCCGAUCACUCGAUCAUCGAUGAGAACCUAUGUUUUUAUGCGGAGAUCCACCGCUGAAAAAAAAGGAGUAUCUAAUCGACCUGUAUGUACGAAAUUCACAUUCGCAUAAUUGACGACCGCGUGUAAAACGGGUAGCAAAGGGUGGCUUAACAUCGGCCACCCGCGAUGCCCAAUUUCUCACGCGGUCUUAUAGUACAAAGGACAAGUUUAAACUGUCUGUGUUCAGUGUACCUCAUCCUCUUCUCUCUUUCUCUCAAGCUAACUUUUCAUAGUACCAUCAGUCAAACCGGUGAUAACUGGUAUUAACACGUCAUGUAGCUUUGAAUAUCUCAGCUUGGUUGUGAGAGGUUUACAUGAUCGGGCAUUUAAAACGAAACCUGUUUGAAUAUAUAUUUUAGUUGCGCAUGAACAUACGAGAGAAUAAUGAUAAAGGUUGGUGGAUUUAAACGGGAAAUAUGACAGUAUAAAAAUGACGUUCUUCUGAGGAUCAAUCUUUGAUAUUUUUUCGUAUGCUCAAUAAUACUUUAAUGGAAUUAUUUGUGAGGGGUAUCACUCGAAAGAAAUCAUUGUUGACGAAGAGUCGUUGAAAAAUCCACAUGUCACGGUGAUUAAUUUUUGCAAUACGCGCUAUACUAUUUUACAUUAUCUGCGAUAAUUUGUGAGAGGACAACCAAGCGUCACCACGGUUUGUAUGUCACACUGUGCGUUGUAGUCAUUUAAGGAUUCAUUCGUUCAUUGUUACGAAAUGGAGUAGAGGCAUCUAAAUCUUUCCGAGAUGGAAUUAUAUGCAUAAUUGUAUUACGUAUGCAGAAAAACUCAGUAUGUGAUUACGCUCGCACAUGUCGGAAGAUAUUGUUAAAACGGGGAUUGAGAAAAAGACGGAUAGAUCCUCUAAACUCCUUUAUCUUAAGGUAACUAAGAGAGAGAUAUAUAAAACGGACGGCUGCUCGAUAUUUAUUGAAAAGAAGUGGAUACCAAUGCAACACAGACGGCUCUACGGUUCAUUAUACGCUAAGAUAAAGUUCAACUUUAUAUACACCGCUGUAAAUAUAUACAUUACGUUAUUAUAUUUUAUAUUCUGCUGAUUGCACAGUAAGUGGCUUCUCAAUUUCUUUCUGCAAGGUGCAAGAGCGAAGGCGAUUAAGUGUGGUUGUGCACCUUCUUCUCGUACGCGUCUGUAUAUGUAUACAUAUAUUAAAUGCAGAAUACCUAGCACGCGUCGAUGCCAUUUGAAUCUUCACAGCAUCAGAUUGUACAGUCCGACUGUUACUAUUGUUUUGUAAGGACGCAAGAAUUUUCAAGAUUCUUGGUACGAGAGGUAUCCCGCUCGUAAUGUUUUUAACAGUGUUAUAAAUUACAUCGAGAGUCGAAUGUGCUUUUCUACCUCCUUAAUUUAUGUUAAGUUUACAGCGAAGCUCGCACCGGAGCAGGAUAUGCGUACAGAAUGUAAGCUGCUCGGUUACUCGCCCGAUUACAAAGAUGAGUUUAAUGUUAUUAUUGUACAAAUAAUAGUGAUCAUACAUGCGCUAGACAUACCGACGCACGUAUGACUAGUUGUAAAUUUUCACGAUGACGUGUAUGGCUCGUUGAAUACUGCGUGCACAAUAAAAGGAAUAGCGGUUUUUGUAAAAAAAUAAUGGAACAACAAAAGCUAUAGUUUAUACUUACCUCUCCUGCAGAUUGCUCACGCGUUAUUAGCUACUGACAUUUCCCGUUAGCGUUAUCAUUUCGAACGAGACGAUCCAUAUAUGGGCACGUGAAUUAUUUUUGAAUGAGUCUCAGCCGGCCGAUAGUUAUACGAGCGAGAACGUUUGUAAAGACGAAUUUUCUAAUAUAUAAUCUCAGUGUUUUUUGCUGUCAAGCACUAUGUAAAUUCCGAUAGAGUUAUUGAGGAACGUUGAACGCGUAAUUUGCGUUGCGAGCCAUUCUCCGGUAGGAAAUCCACCAUUAAAUUAUUUUAUUUCAGUUUCAUCAUCCCCUUCAUGUAGCUCUUGUUUUACGUAUCUUGGAUACAUACAUGUAUAUGCGUGUGUAUAUUAAUAAUACAUCUCACGCUAAUUUCAUCAUGGCUCUACAUGUUGAGUCUAACGGUUUCUUUUUUAUUUUAUAUUGUAAUAUAUUGCCAGAAGUACACGAGUCCAGAAUAUUUUAAUAUAUUUCAAACUUUUUUAUAAAGAGUAGAUUGUAUUAGGCUGUAAAAAUAGAUUAAUGUUCGCGCUUAUGGUGCUUAUAGCGUCAUAACACAAUGUAUGUGGAUUAAAAACAGCUAUAAGUAUUUUAGUUGUCUGUUUUGCUACUUUACGUUGAAGGUGGAUAAUUCUUGCCAAGAAAAUGUAAAGUUAACGGAAAUCAUGAAGAUUUGUAUGUUGAUGUACAUUGUGUACAUUGUGGAACGAGUUCAAAGAAAUCGCGCAGAGAUUUAUAAAAAUGUUUAUGGUCGAGUCGCUUAGAAAGAUACGGAUACUUGUUCGGCUCGGGAAUUAUUGAUAGUGCGGAGCGUGAAAUAAAUACUACAUAAAUGACAAAACUCGUCAAAGAAAAUUGUAAAUAAGAAACAAUUUUUUCCCGAUUAGGUGGUCUUUUUGUUUUAAACGAAGAAAAUUAAUAAUUCAACGUAUAAUUUGCGUAAAUUCGGCUUACUCUAAAUUAAUAUAUAGAUAACAAAAGACGCAUGCAUACGCAAGAAAGAGAGAAAUAUGUAAUUGUAACGAAUAAAGGAAUAUAAUGAGAGAAGAUCAGUACAUCUACAGUUAUUGUGUCAAGACUGAAUUAUUAAGACUUCAAGAAGGUGAAACAUUUUUGUAAAUAAUACUGUCUCUGGAAGAAAAUAUAUGUAGAAAUUAUAUGCAUAUUGUGCAAGUGUC